UUUCUAGAGUUCAUCAUGCCCAUCACUCCAUAUUUGCAAACUCCCUUCACCGAUUUGACCGGCAGUUUGAUUAACCAUCAAACCUACGAUAAAUGCGGUGUAAUGGAAAUGAACAUGAUGGACUGUUUGGAAGCCUACGGUGCCGAACGGGGCAAGAAAAUGUGCAAGGAUUUAAUUGAUGAUUACAAUGAAUGCUUCACCAUGCACAAACAAAUGUUGCGCUUCCAUGCUAUGCGUAAGGAACGCUUGAGGCAAGGUACAUUUGCUGAUCCACCAAGAGUUGAUGCCUAUUAGAUUUAUGUUU